AUGAAGAGGUCGGAAAUGCAGAUAUGCACACGAGAAAAGGGCAGUGAAAAAGAAAAAAAUGCAGAGGGCGCGCUGUUGCCGCAGGCCGCUGAAAAGCCAAAGAGAAGAACGUCAAUUGCAAAGAAAAAAGAAGCUGCUCGAAAAGAGGCUGAAGAGAAGCUGAAGGAAAUGGAGAAGAAAAGGCCUCUGAAAAAAGCCAUAGCCAUAAAGGAGGAGGAGCGGCGGCGAGAAGAGGAGAAAAAGGCUGCCAGAAAGGCCAGGCUUAAAAUGCGAGCUCUUGAAAAGAAGAUGGAGAAGGCUGCAGGCGACGCUGUCGCCAAAGCUGCGGAUGUGAUCUCUGUGGAGAAGAAAACAAAGCAAAGCGCUGCACCCAGAAGCGCGCGCGCCAAGUCCAUCAAGCUGACCCGAAUAGGCCCCCAGGAGGAAAGAAUAACAAAAAAGGCAAAAAGGCCUGAGGUGAUAGAAGAGGUUUUGAACCACCCAGAGAAAAAGGUCGAGAUUCAGAGGAUGCUAAGCGAGCUGCACGUGGAGGGAAGAAAGGAGGAAAUCAUGAAGAUUUCGAAGUGCCUAUACGACCCAGCGGUGCACACAAUAUACGUGCAUGGGAUGCCGGGGACGGGGAAAACGCACGUGCUGAACAAGAUAGGCGUUCUCCUGGGGAAGCAGCGGGUGGAGGUGUAUUACUGCAACUUGCUGAUGGACAAUGGGUUCAAGAGGAUCGGGGGAAUGGGCUUCUCCACCACUGUGGUUCUAAUUGUCGACGAGUUUGAGGGGGAAAAAAAGGACAAGAUGUUUAUCCGGCAGAAGGAAAAGCUGGAGAGGCAGUUCAAGCGGGACGAAAGAAAAGAGUACAAGUUCAAGGUGAUUUUGAUCAGCAACGACUACAACAGCAAGGGAAUACACUUUAAGCCGUACAAAAAAGAGGCCAUGGACGUGAUCAUUGACGAGAAGAGCAGCGCUGCGAGCAGCCCGGAAACUAUGGUGAGCGUCCACCAGGGAGUCAUGAGGAGAGAUAUUCGGGCAGCGCUUGCCAAGCAGAUCCAGAACUCAAGGCCAGGAAGCAGCGAAACGGUUGGCCUGUACCACCAGUUUAUAAAGAAGAUGGUGCAGCAGGGAGAAACCAGCGUAAAUAAGAUAUACAGCGAUUUCUUGCAGAGCAUGAAGGAAAAGGGUGCGUCGGUGAUGCCAAAGGAAAUUGUACGGGACAUAAUAGAAGGAUAUCUGGACGGGACACUUUUGUAA